GAGCCUUGGGGCACCUGCUCGCCGACACAAGAUCAAAACCACUGAUUCCACCCGGCUUCCUGACCUCAGAUCGCCUCCUUGAUCACAAACUCAGGCUCUUUUGACAACCUCGAAGAUCCCCUGCCUCUCUUUACUUUCCCGACCAAAACUGAAGCUUGCGCGCUCCGAAAAGCUCGAGCUGUGCAGUCCCCCACCUCAUCCCGCAUUUUCACAUGCAGUUUGCUGCGGAAUAGAUCCAGCAUAUCCAACACGCAUGUCGACCGUUUCAACCGAAAACCCGACUUCUCCCAACGCCAUCCCAAUCCGCUACAGCUCCGCAGGCGUCUCCAAUGGCCUUCACCAACAGCCCUCAAAAUCCGUCCUCAAGCCUCUCCCAGAGGAUUCUUGGAUUUCGUCGAAACACCAUUCAAUGCCACCAUCAAUGAAUGCGGCCCCCGUCCUCUCCGACCAUACGAACAGCCUCAAACGCAGACAUUCAAAGAAGCGGUCUGCCCCUGAGAAUUUGAUAUCCAAGAGACCGGGAGAAUGGUCGCCGCAGAAAGAGCAGAUAAUCUUGGGGCCUUAUGACUACCUGUUCGCCCACCCUGGCAAGGAUAUCCGCUCAGCCUUGAUCAAGGCGUUCGACGUCUUUCUACAUGUCCCACCAAAAUCCUUGGAAAUCAUUACAAAAGUCGUGGGGAUGUUACAUACAUCCUCGCUCCUGAUCGACGAUGUGCAGGACAACAGCGUGUUGCGAAGAGGAAUCCCUGUGGCACACAACAUCUUCGGGACAGCCCAGACCAUCAACAGCGCCAAUUAUGUCUAUUUUCUCGCCCUACAAGAGCUUCUGCACCUGGAAAACAAAGACGAGGCAAUGGAAAUAUUUACCACGGAACUGCUCAACCUUCAUCGCGGCCAAGGGAUGGAUUUGUACUGGCGCGACACGCUGACUUGCCCCACAGAGGACGAUUACCUGGAGAUGGUGCAGAACAAGACCGGAGGCUUGUUUCGUCUCGCCGUCAAAAUCAUGCAGGCCGAGUCUCCGGAAAAGGGUCGCAUCGAUUGUGUCCCUCUUGUCAACCUGAUGGGCUUGGUUUUCCAGAUAUGCGACGACUACUUGAACCUUUCCUCCAGCACCUACACCAAGAACAAGGGCCUCUGUGAAGACCUCACAGAAGGCAAAUUCUCCUUCCCCAUCAUCCACUCGAUCAGGAGCAACCCUUCAAACCUACAACUCAUCAAUAUCCUCAAACAGAAAACAACUGACGAGGAAGUCAAGCGAUACGCAGUGAAGUACAUGGAGAGCACAGGCAGCUUUGAAUAUACCAAGAGGGUGGUGCGUGAAUUGAGGCUGAAGGCUGUGAACCUGGUCACGGAAAUGGAUGGCGGCUCCGGAAGGGGGGACGAAGUGAAGCUGAUUCUAGAUAAGAUUGCGGAACCAGCACUUAAUGAACCGGUUCAGAGCUCAUAGGGAGAGCGAACAUUUUGGAAGGGGGCAUUCAACAGGCCAGAGUGAGUGAUGAUGGUGUACAUUAUUCGUGUAUAAUACCUUGCGAGGUGGUGUAACUGGGCGCCUUGACGGGAAUUGGUUGGCGACUCAUAUUCGUUACCAUCUCGGAAUCCGAGAUAUUACUCGUACAACUCUCGAAGUGCCUCUUUAGACGGUAAAUUCCUUAAGUAUCAGGCCCUGGCGGUAUUAUUAUAGCAGAG